GCAUACGGCACCUACAUGGUGCAUGUAUUGCGCAUCCUGCUCACUCGUGGGCACUGGGAAGUCAACCUUGUCGACAACAGCGAUCGGGGCUUGAGCUUGGCUUUCUUUGACGCCGCUACACAUACGCUCUCCACGGCGAAGGCCGUCAGCGAUAUCCUCAAGUUGGACCCCGGCUUGGAGCUGAUGCCGUUCUUCUUCAGCAUCUUUCUCUCUCGGGGUUCCUUUCCACUUCUAGUAUUUGCCACCAGGCUGCAGUUCCAGCAGCUGCCAGGCCUCCACCAGUUGUACGCCGUUGCACUCCGCGCUCACGAAGCUUGCAUAGUUACG